GUUAUUCACAAAAGAAAGUGACUAAAACAUAAAGUGCUCCUCUCCUCCGCUCCACAGUAGCCCAACGGCCCACCGCCGCCGAGGGAAGCUUCAUCACUCCUCUCCUCCGCCGGUCCCAUGGCGAUCUCCAGGCCCCGAAGCCGUGCCAUCCCCCUCCCCCCGCUUCUCCUGCUCAUCCUCCUCGCCCCUCUAAUCUACUCCCUUUCCAGGCUGCGGUUGAGCUGGGCGACGAACCGGGACCUGAACCUUCCCCUUCCUGCUGCGCUGAAUCGGCCUGAUCGCCUCGUGCUUGGCCCCGCUGCCGGCCAGGGCCGCCCCGACCGCCUACAGUGCCAAGGACUUAAAGCUGUGAACAAGAUCAUUUUAUCAAGUGAAACAACACAUUAUGGAGAACGUGUUUCUUUUGUCACAGUAUUCACAACCUACAAUUCUGACCCAGAUAAAGCUAGCAAAAUGUCAUCUGGUCUUGUAACUGUUGGAAAUCAUUCUUACAGCAAGGUCGAAAGGUCCAUUGCCGUUCUUAACACUUUCAUCAGUUUCAUACAGGUGUCAAUGCCAAGAAGCAAUGUGAUAAUAUUAACUGAUCCUAAAUCAAAUUUGUCAAUAGAUCAAGGGAAUGCUGUAAUUCUGCCUAUUGAAGGAAAUUAUUCUCGAGGAAAUUUGAUGCUUCAGAGAAUCAAGUCCUACAUUGCAUUUCUAGAGCUAAAAUUUGUGGAGCUUCAGAGAGUGGACAGGUUUACUCAUUUUGUUUUCACUGAUUCUGAUAUAGCAGUGGUUGAGGGUCUUGGACACAUCUUCAAGAGAUAUCCUCAUUGUCACCUUGCUCUUACUUUUCGUAAUAACAACGGCCAACCUUUGAACUCUGGGUUUGUAGCGGUCAGAGGGACUAGUGAUGGCAUUUCCAAGGCUACGGAAUUCUUCAAAGAAGUCCUCAAAGCAUACAACUCAAAAUAUAUGAAGGCUUCCCGCAUGCUGGGUGAUCAGUUAGCACUGGCAUGGGUAGUGAAGUCUUAUCUGCCAUCUGCUUUUGGAAAAUUUUCUAGGCAUGAGGAAUUUACAGGUGAAGUCAAUGGAGCAUCUAUUCUAUUUUUGCCUUGUGCAGUUUAUAAUUGGACUCCACCUGAGGGCGCUGGACAGUUUCAUGGUAUGCCCUUGGAUGUUAAGGUCAUCCAUUUCAAAGGUUCAAGAAAGCGUUUGAUGCUCGAGGCAUGGAAUUUCUACAACUCGACCUCUCACUUGUCUGAUAUGCUGUGCCUAAUCUUGAAGAGCGGCAGAACGAAAUAUGACUUCUGAACCUUUGCUCCACAAUGAAGCUCCAGACUUUUGCGCAGCAAUGAACCUGUGCUGGCACAAUUAUUAUAAUACAUCACAGGCAUUCAGGUGGUAUACAAUGGAACACGGCGAGUGUUUGCUCAGGCACACGCGGACUUUGGGAGAUUGGUGUGAAGCAAGAGUGCCCCCGUACAAAUAGCACAGGAUAGUAGAUAGCAGGGUGAUCAUGUAGGAAAUCACCAGUUGUUUUGGUGCUCCUUUUGAUAGGUCUGAUAGCCUUCAUGUACCAACUUGUUUUUUUCCCGUCCAAUGUAUUAGCAAAUUAGGAUGAUUGGUUCUUAAAUUAGAAAUGGAUUAUCAGCUCGUACGAUGUAUGGCCAUCGAUUCUGCCAGAGUAGUUUUGUUGGGUUUAAAUGAGAUUCUCAUGGCUUGCUGUA